CCAUCUGGAUAAAAACUCCACUGCAUCUCUCCUAAAUAUCUCCAUGCUUCUACCGACAGGAGCAUGGAAAAUGAUGAACUUUCGUCAGAGGAUGGGAUGGAUCGGAGUGGUCGCGUACCUGCUGCUUAGCCUCGCUGCACUUUAUUACAUGUUCGAAAUCAAUCAGACAUACAACCGUCUGGCGCUGGACCACGUGGAGAAGAGCUCUGGGACCCCCCCUCCCGCACCUGCAGACUACGCACCUGCAGACUACGCACCUGCAGACUACGCACCUGUAGACUCCACCCCUCCAUCCUCCUGGAUGCAGAGCGUGAAGUCUCGGCUCCUCCUGCUCCCCUUAUGGUUCAGGGCCUCCAUCUUCCUCCUCCUGUACCUGCAGGUCUUCUUCUUCCUCUACUCCUGCACCAGAACUGACCCCAAAACCGUGGGCUACUGCAUCCUGCCCAUCUGCCUCGCCCUUCACUGUAACAGACAUGCCUCCUUCCCCAAGGCCUCCAAUCAGAUCAGCAGGUUCCAGCUCAUCGACACGUGAUGUGGGCGGGGCUUCGGCGUUGCUCGUUCACCGGACCAAUAAAAAACACGGAACGAGUGACGAUUUCUAUGAUUUCUUCUCCCUACAGCUUUCUGUACAUCUUUCUACCUUUAUCUUCUUCUGGAAAUAAAUCUAUUCUCUAAAACCAUGAUGAUGAUGAUGAUGAUUUUCAAGAAAUAAAUCGAACGUAAAUCUUAUGUAAAAAAAUAUAUUGAUUCUAAUUAAUAAUUUCUAAAACAAUCUAUUACAUAAACAUGUAAAAAAUGAGAAAUCUAAAUAUUUUAUAAAAAUUAUUUUCUUUUUUUGACUAAAGAUGUAAAUAUUUUAUGUAAAGAUU